AUGCCUUCUAGCAAGAAUCAUAUAGAUUAUCUAGUCGCUUAUAGUCACUAUACAUGUCCUAUGAUUAUUCUGUUAACUAUGUUAGAUAAACAUUAGCAACCAGAUUCUAGACCUACAAUAACCUACAUGAUCAGUCAGCUGUGUAUCGCGGAGCCUUCAGCUUAGAAAGGCCUAAAUUACUAAAUAGCUAGCGGCUAGGAAGGCUAGGACAGGUGUUUGACACUGUUUCACGAACUACUGCACUAAUUAGACAGUAGGCCAACACGCCACGCACAAAAAUGUCUCAUUCCACUUUCAUCAUCGUGAUACUUAACAUCUUCAGUGUUUUAAUUUUGUCAGAGUCUCUACGCUUUGGUAAACCAAUGUCUAUUUUAAGAAAUAAAAAACUGACCUCAAGAAUACCAAAUGACUAUAAAUACAGAACACUGUAUUUUAACCAGCAGGUGGAUCAUUUUGGCUUUGCAAACAACCAGACUUUUAAGCAGAGAUAUUUAUUAGCUGAUCAGUUCUGGAGUAGAAAUGGAGGUCCUAUAUUUUUCUACACUGGCAAUGAAGGAGACAUUGAUUGGUUCUGCAACAACACAGGUUAUAUGUGGGAUAUUGCUCCAGAUUUUAAAGCUUUAUUAGUUUUUGCUGAACAUCGUUAUUAUGGAGAAUCUUUACCAUUUGGUUCAGAUACUUAUAAGAAUGCCACUUUCCUGAAUUACUUGUCAUCCGAGCAAGCAUUGGCAGAUUUCGCUGAGCUCAUUAGAUACCUUAAAGCUACUUUGCCAGGUGCACAAAACAGUCCAGUCAUAGCAUUUGGUGGCUCAUAUGGUGGUAUGCUGGCUGCGUGGUUGAGAAUUAAAUAUCCCAACGUAGUCAUAGGAUCUCUUGCUGCUUCAGCUCCAAUCUGGCAAUUUACUGGUCUCACCCCCUGCAAUGCUUUUGAUGAUACGACUAGUGCCACUUGGCUGGAUGCUUCCCCUACCUGUGUUGAUAAUAUUCACAAGUCUUACUAUGUUAUAGAAUCAACAUCUCAAUCAGAAGGAGGAUACCAAUUUAUUACAGAGACCUUUGGCCUUUGUUCACCUUUAACCUCAAAAUAUGACCUACAACCUUUUAUGGCAUUCCUAGUGGACAUGUAUGUUAAUUUGGCUAUGGUGAACUAUCCUUACCCAGCAUCUUUCCUGGCUGAUCUGCCAGGAUGGCCUGUGAAGGUGGCCUGUAGCUAUCUCUCAGAACCUUUGGAUGGCAAAGAUUUGCUCAGAGCUUUGGCUAAAGUGACCAACAUGUACUUUAACUUCACUGGUAAUACAAAGUGUGUCAACUGGACAGACGAUGGCAGUGCUGGGUCACUGGGUUACCAGGGAUGGAAUUAUCAAUCUUGUACAGAGAUGGUGAUGCCCAUGUGCAGUAAUGGAAGUGGCAUUUCCUACAACAAUCCCUGGGACUUCCAACAAGUCAGUGACAACUGUUAUGAGACUUACAAAGUUAGACCAAGAGAAAACUGGAUUUCUUUGGAAUAUUGGGCCAAGCAGUUGAAGGAGACUUCGAAUAUUAUUUUUAGCAAUGGUUUAUAUGAUCCAUGGUCUAGUGGAGGAGUGAUGGAGUCAAUAUCUGACACAGUUAUUGCUAUACAGAUUCCUAAGGGUGCCCACCAUUUAGACUUGAGAGCCAAGAACCCUUUGGAUACUCCAUCAGUUAUCAGAGCUAGAAUACAAGAAGGAAAUAUUCUACGAAGCUGGUUAAAAUUGACACCUGGUCUAUGAAACCUUUUUUAAUCAAAAGACUGCUACAGCUAAGAUAGCUAUAUCAAGUGUAUUUUUACAUUUUGACUACUUAAUGAUCACAGUCUAAUCACAAUCAUUUACAUGUUAGACUUUCCAGAAAUCAUCUCAUAUUUCAAAUGAGAUUUUUUGUGUCAAAUAUUUUUUCACAAUUUUAAAAAAUUUAUCCUACUUUUCUUGAAAAAAAAAAUGUGAAUGAAAGAUACCUAAUUAUAGUUCUGAGGGACUAAUCUGCAUAGAAAUUUUUUUUCGGUGAAAUCUUUUCAGAAGGUCUACAUUUUACAAUCAAUUAUACACCAUUCAUUCUUUUUGAUUUAACAAUUGAAAUCAAUUAAGCAUACUAUUUCAAUAUUAUCAAACAAUCAAACGUCCUUAAUUUUCUUCUAGUCAGAAAUCAUCUUUUCCUUAUUUUAUUAUGAUCUGUUAUAUAAGAGCCAAAAUAUAUUAGCAUAAACCAUAUAUUUGCUUAAUGUACUUGAUUGUUUCUGCUAAAGCAAAUACUGAUACUUUAAAUUGCAAAAUUAAAUGUAAAUAUAUGUACAAAAAGAAUAUUACAUAUGCAUUCUAAUUUAUUGCAAUAUGAAGAUUUGUAUAAACAUUUAUUUUUUUUUUACAUGUUCAUGUAAUGAGAAUAAAAAUUAAAUUACAAAGUCAAAUUUUUUUUUACAUGUUCAUGUAAUGAGAAUAAAAAUUAAAUUACAAAUAAAAAAUUUUUUUACAUGACUUAGACAAAGACUGCUUUAUUUAUACUAAUUGGAAAUUGUGUAUCUUUUUCAAUUGGAACAAUAACUAUGGCUUCCUUCAGUCAUGAAGCGAUGACAAUGGAUCAUGUCAAUGUCAUAGAAAUGAGAUGAAUGCCUGGUCAUUGGUUGGAAUGUUGCCGCCCACACAGUAGUUCCAUCUUUUCCAUGCAACUGAUGUAUCCAAAUCAGUAAUUUUUCUUUGGGGUUGACUUCUGAAGCCUUUCCCAUGUUUGGGUAUAACUGCAAGGCAGCAUAAGUUUGAAUUCAGUUUUCCUUCUCCAAGGUGGGUAACCAGCCAAAGCUAACUGUAUGAGCCCCUCCUACCCAAAGCUUACUGGUUUAUGCAACAGUUACUGGCCUUUGUCCCACUGGACCCAACAUCUAAGCUACACAUAAAGGACAGGAUUUGGACUGGUAGUCAGAUAUUUUGCAUGCCAUAAAAGCAUUUAUAUGAAGUAGGGUGCAUUUAUCCAUUACCACUUCUGGCAUAAAAGCCAUACUGAACAAAAAAAAAACAACAAGAA